AUGGGUGCGUGUAUUGAGUUCCCCGCCGGGUUUGAUCUUCGAGCGCUGACACGACCCAAACAAGCAGAUCCACCAACUACAGCGGGCUCCGGACAUAGCGUUCUCCCGGUUCCACCAACGGAUCCCACGUUGGGAAACACAUUCAUUGAUCCACAGGACAAGUUUUGGAGCUUAUAUCUCUCGGAUGCGGAGAAGUACGAUCAGUACCGUAUGGAGAGCUGGAAAGGUGAUACAGAUGGCAUUCUUAUCUUUACUGGCUUGUUUGCUGCGACCGUCGCCACCUUCGUGGUCGCAAGCUACGACUUGCUUUCUCCUGACUCUGACGAUGAAACCGUUGCCCUGCUCAAACAGCUGGUUGCGUUCUCGAAUGACACCCAGCCACGACCUGUCAACAUUGAUAAAGACUUUGCACCGUCAGCAUCCGCUAUCUGGAUCAACAGUCUCUGGUUCGGGAGUCUCUUCGUCGCUCUCUCUUGUGCGCUAGCUGCAACACUCGUUCAACAAUGGAUCCGUCGCUACAGUCACGAUGUCCAACGUCGAGGGCCUCCCCGGAUACGGGGUCCGAUCCACGUUUACCUAUCCAUGGGAGUGCGUCGCUUUGGGAUGGACCACGCUGUUGCAUCCAUCGUCUCACUCCUUCAUCUUGCCGUCUGGCUGUUCUUCUCCGGUCUUGUGAUCUACAUGUCAGCGGCAAACAACAUCAUGGCUUACGUUGUCGUAGGCGGUAUGGGCCUUGGUGCUCUCAUCUACGCCUUUCUCAGCAUCCUGCCGCUGAUAUGCCCGGAUUCGCCGUAUACGACACCGUUCACGCCUUUUCUCCGCUUCGCCCUUGCAAUAGGAUGCACCGUUGUGUCUGCGAUCUACGCCAUCGCCGCUGCGAGCGUCGCCUUCAUCUACUCCGUUAUAGACUGGGACGAUCUCAGUGACAGGAGCAAGGGAUUGAACGCACGUGCUUCGCGCAUCAUGCACUGGACCAUACGACUAUACCACACAAGAUUGAGCGUAGCUUGCGAUAUCGCCCAAGAAGAUUGCUUCACGCGAGAGGUCUAUGCUUUCAAGCACACGUUGAAGAACGUUGAUGAGGUGCAUGAGCUUGAAGCGCUCUACGACGCUCUCGUUCCCAUCGUACAUCCGACGGAACCAUCGCGCCUUCCACCUGCCGCCAGAGUUGAUAUUGUAUGCUUCCUCCUUCGUGAUCUUCGCAUCAUGGACGGCGUAUACAAGCUUCUCCGCGCACGGCCAAGUACCAGCCACCCUCUUCCCCAGGCUGUUCGUAAUCGCCGGUUGAUCAUCGCUUUGACAUUCGUGCGUGCACUAUUCAAAGUCCUUCCGCACGCAACACACCGCCCAGACCUCGUUACCGUCCUCCAGGAUGCCACUGUGCCACUUUAUCACACUUGGACGGAGAUCGCGAGGAAUGAGAAGAGGCCCGACACAGCCUUCCUUGCUCGGUGCUUCCUUGCUGCCAUCCGCGCGGACGUAUACACCUUCUGUCUCGAAGCUGCGAAGUCUCGCAGCGAGACCGUUGUUGCGUGCAGGGCUCUUGCACUGCGCCUCGCACAGCUUGACCCUCAGUCGUGGGGCACGGGUAUCGAGGCCGGCGGGGCUGCUAGUUACGAGGAUCAGGGUAUCUGCUCCGUUAUGAUCAGAAACUACUAUGCGUUCAUCAGCGAUAUCCUGGAACUGUGCGGACGUGGACAGAUGGUCAUUCUUCACUCCCAAGCUGUAGUGUGGCUGCCGAUGCUACUCAGCGUGCACCACAAAGCUAUGAGCCAACUGCAUUGCUUUGAUGAGCCGAGCGCUCUGGACCGUCUGCGCCCUAUCCUCGAUGCUGUGGCGCUCGGAAGAAGAGAUAGUCAAGGAGAACUUGUACCCUCGAGAGAUGAGAUCGGGCCCACGACGCAUACUCUUCCCGUGGAAGACAGGUACUACCACGUCUUCGCGCGGUAUCCUGAGUUCUAUGUGGCCCUGCGGCAGCUAUCGAGCGUAAUCAAUGGACAUUCUCCGAUCCGUAGAAGUAUGCUUCCUAGUGUACCGAUGACUGGGAUCGGUUUCAUGUCACCAGGAUUCUUAUAG